AUGUCGCUUCGGCUGUUGGUAGCCUGUUCAUACCAACUAUUAGUUCCAGUUGAGGCUUCUUCAACGAUGCGGACAAAGAGCAAAGGUGAAGAACUUCCUACAAACAAAUAUAACUUGUGUGCUGGCCGUAGAUGCGAGCCCCGCCGUGCUUUAUACGUCCAUUUUUCCGCUCCGGACCACGAAUAA